UUGUAAGUCAGAUAUAAUGUUAUAAUCCGCCACUUUACGUUAAAGAAAAAGUUUGCUAAUAAAUGAACCUAUGAACAACGGAGAUGUUCAUGUAAAAUUACCAAACCCUUUGUUGUGAUCUGUGGAGAUGGAGGGAUCAUGACCUACACAUCAUACGAGGGAGGGAGUGUGAACAUCAGAUGCCCGUAUGAUGCUCAAUUCACAGACAACACAAAGUACCUCUGCAGAGGAAAAUGUUCAACAUUAAAAGUGUUGGCAGAUAAAGAUAUACCCAUUGAGACUGGAAGAACACCAGAUGAUACGAGGUUCUCUUUAAAGGAUGACAAAACAGCUACAACGUUCACUAUAACGGAUCUGAGAGCAAAGGAUGGAGGACAGUACUGGUGUGCGGUGAGGAGACGUGUGUUUGAAACAGAUGUCUACAGAGAGGUCUUCUUGUCUGUCAAAAAUGUGUCCCACAUGUCUGGCGUAAAAGGAGAUGAGCUGUCCGUCCAAUGCCAUUACAAUCAUGUCAUCAAUAACCAUAAAUUCUUUUGCAAGGGAGAGAAUUUGUCAUUGUGUGAGACAUCUGGUGUCAAAGUAUCAAAAGAGAAAGUCACAAACGGCAGAUUCUCUCUGAUCGACGAUACAUCUGCAAGAGUUUUUACUGUGACCAUCACAAAUCUGACAGAAGAGGAUUCUGGGAUGUACUGGUGUGGAAACAUAGCACUGAGAGGAUCUCAACAAGCACAUGACAAUUGGAUUUCGGCAGUCAUUCUCAAGAUUUCUGAAGUCACAUCUGAGAGCACGUCACAUAAACCAACCACCGCUUCAUUUCACAUCACCCAUCCAGCAUCUACCGAUUCUUCAUCCAGAUCAGCCACAUCAUCAUCAUCACCUUCAUCUUUACUUACCUCCUCCUCAUCAUCUGCUCAUUCAUUGUCACCAAACACAGAGACAAGUUUAUUUGUGUUCAUCACGCCGUCGGUUGCAGCGAUGCUGAUCUUGUUUGGAUUCGUGUUGUUUAUUUACUUCAGACGGAGGAAAAAGAAUGAACAACUGCAGCUCAGCGGUGUCGCUCAUGGCUCAGCUGGGAAUCAGGAAAAUGGGGAAAUAAGACAAACUAGGGUCUCUGUCUGUUAUUAUGAAGAGAUUCCCCUCACAAAUGUUCAUCACAGUUUGGUUCUUCCUGCAUCCGGUGAACAUGAUGCUUCUGUUUACGCUUUAGCACAGAACGUCUCUAAUAAUCUCCAUUAUUCCACCAUCGAAUUUACAGACCAUUCAGACAGAACUUCUGAUGGACAGACAUUGUGUGAUUAUGUAACUGUUGUUCUGUGAAUGCCAGUCAACUCUACAGAGCAAACAUCAAGUCUUUUCAUUUAUUGAUAUUUUGAACAAGAGCAUUUUUUACAUUUCUAGUUAACAUUGAUCAACCACCGUCCAUAUUAUCACGUAACUGAAUGUAAAGAAAUGAAAAUGGGAGAAGGUAGAACUGAGUUUACGCAGAAACCACAUCAAGCUGUUGAUUCUCAUAGAUGCUUCGAAUUCUUUCCCCAAAAAAUCUCGCACACCAUGUCAAGUUUAUACAGGUCCAGUUUAUACCAGAGUGACGUUUUAAAGCCAUUUCUUCUGUUGCCACAAUUAACCUUUAAAACUUUCUUCCACAACUCCUGCUUUUUUGUAAAAUAAAAGAAUAA